UGGGCUGGGCCGGGUCAGGCAGGCAGGCAGGGAGCGGCAGCGGCGGGUGAUCCGGACUCCAUGGCCGGUGGCGGCGGCGGCUGGUGCAGGCUCGGCGCUCUGCUCAACCUCAGUGUCCGUGUCCGGGCCGGCGCUCACUCGGUGUCGGGCCGCCCGUGGCCGCGAUCCCCCUCAGCCCCGACAUCCACAUCCACAUCCACAUCCACACCGCUGCUGCUGCUACUGCCGCCGUGGGAAGGCCGCGGGUGGAGGCCGGCGGCGGCAACACGGAGGUGGAUCUCACAGGAUUCGCGGCAGCCGUUCCAGGUGGAAGAGUACCCGCCACUACCUGACUAUGAGCCCAUGCUCUUCGAGAUGGAACAGAAUGUGUUUGUGGUGAAAGCUCGCGGCCUGCCCUGGUCUUGCUCUGUUGACGAUGUGCUGGAGUUUUUCUCGGAUUGCGGAGUGGUGAACGGUGUUGGGGGCGUGCACUUCCUGUGCAACCGAGCCGGCAAGCCCAGCGGGGAAGCAAUUAUUGAACUGCAGUCGGCAGAGGAUGUGCGGAAGGCUGUGGAGAAGCACAGGAAGUACCUCGGGCAGCGCUACAUUGAAGUGUUUGAGCUGAGCAGCAGUGAUGUGGACUUCCUUCUGAAGCGCCUCCACUCCGGUGGCAAGGAGAUGCCGGACGGCAGUGUUGUCCGCCUGAGGGGGCUCCCGUUUAGCUGCAGCACCGAGGACAUCGUUCGCUUCUUUUCCGGUUUGGAGAUUGUAGAAGACGGCGUGAUUAUGACCAGAGAUCACCGCGGCAGAAACACUGGCGAUGCUAUCGUUCAGUUUACAUCUCCGGAGAUGGCAGAGCGAGCCCUGGCAAAGGACCGAGAGACGAUCGGGUCCAGAUACAUUGAAAUAUUUCGGAGCACCAAGAACGAUCUUCAUUUGUCUGCCCGCCCCUCGAAGAAAAUGCCUCAUUCAGUCACCUCACAGGAUACUGUGACAGACAACGAAAGCUGCAACAUGGCAAACAGUGACAAUGGCCACAUGAUGGAGAGCGAUGGAGAUGUCCAGAGCGUGCAGCUGUCUAAAAAUGACGUGGAGUCUAAUCACUGCAUUCAGCGGUCGGAUGUGCAUAACGUGCAUAUGAGGGGGCUCCCAUUUCGAGUUAAUGGACAGGAUGUUGUUAAAUUUUUCCAGCCCCUGAAGACAGUGCGGAUUAUAGUGGAGUACGGGCCUGACGGGAAGGCCACCGGAGAGGCUGACGUGCAUUUUGCCACACACGAAGAUGCUGUCGCUGCCAUGACGAAGGAUAAAUCACAUAUGCAACAUCGCUACAUAGAACUCUACCUGAACUCACUGUGCUCGGGGAUCAAUGCCACACACAACGGUCAAGGAAGUCAGGAGAAAGGUUCUGAGGAGAGGUAAACAGUAACUCAUUUGGAGACUAUUCUGGCUUUGGAAGUGAAGAUUUCUGUUUGAGCAGAAUACCUAAACACUGGCCAAAGUAACCAAUGCUACAAGAGCUUGAAGCUGGGUGCGACCUGUUGGAACAACUGCGACGCACGCACGGGGUGAUAUCAUCAAUGGAGGAGAAAUUGAUGAGGGUUUUUUUUUGGUAUUCCAAGUAGCCUGUACUGCAAAUUAUACCUCUUGUAACACAUUUUAAUGUUACAUUACUUGAUAAAAUAAACCUAGGUGUUUUAACAAGUUUA